AUGUUGGCACAGAUGCAGGAUAUGCGGGCACUGAAGAUUUGCGUUCGCUCUAAUCGAGAAUCCCUAAAAUCCCACCCCGAUCGAGUCCCCGCCGACUCCCCAGAAAGACCAGCUCGAACGCAAAAGUUCCAAGAAAUCAACGAUGCCUACUACACCCUCUCAGACCCCACCCGCCGCCGCGAAUACGACCAAACCCGCGCCUUCGAACAAGCCGAGGAAGAAGUCGACGAAGAAAUCCCCCAAGGCGGCCGCAGUUUCCCAUGGUCCGCCUUUGGCUUUGGCUCUCGCGAUGAGCGCGACGCCGAUCAGUUCGGAUCCGUGUUCGAGGAGAUGCUGCGCGAAGAAGGGCUGGCCGAGGAAGCUGGCGAUGACGGGAACCGGCGCACCCGGCCCACGGGUCGAUUUUGGGCAAUCGUUGGUGGAGUUAGUGGUGGUGCGCUGGGUUUCAUUGUGGGCAAUGUUCCUGGGGCGUUGGCGGGUGCUGUUGCUGGGAAUCGGUUGGGUGCUGUUCGUGAUGCGAAGGGGAAAAGUGUCUAUGAGGUUUUCUUGGACCUUCCACAGCCGGAUCGGGCGCGGCUCUUGAGUGAGUUGGCGGCCAAGGUGUUUCAAACUACGAUGGGUCGGUAG